AUGAAAUCUUUACUAUCGAUUCUGAGUCAUGUUGUACAUGGUUAUGUAGGGAAUAGAGCAACUGUAUUCCCAUUACAGUAUAAUGGAUUUGAUGUAGAUGCUAUAAAUACUACUAAUUAUUCAAAUCAUCCUGGUUAUGGAACUUUUAAAGGUAAUAAACUGCAACCACAGUUGAUUUCAGAUUUAAUCAAGGGUUUGAAAAAGAUAUUAGAUUUUAGAAAGGAUUAUAGUAUGAUUUUAGUAGGGUAUUGUCCAGAUGAAGAAGUAUUGAAACUAAUAAAAGGAGAAAUUGGACUAAAUUCAGCUUCUAAAUGGAUUAUAGAUCCAAUUUUAGGAGAUAAUGGGAAGUUAUACGUACUGGAGAAUUUAAUACCCAUAUAUAAGGAGAUACUACAAAACUAUAGCAUUUCAUUAAUUACUCCAAAUCAAUUCGAGUUUGAGGUGUUAUCUGGUACUAAAAUUGAGAGUUGGGAUGAGUUAAUAAAUGCCGUGAGAGGCUUUCCUAACGUUGAAAAUAUAGUAAUUUCAUCAAUCAGUAUAGAUAACAAGACAUAUUGUGUUGGUGUUAAUAAUGGACAACUAUUUGCAGUCCCGAUCAAGACAAUAGAUUGUAAUUUUAAUGGUUGUGGAGAUUUGUUUAGUUCAUUAUUAGCCAAUGAAUUUUACAAUAAUAAGUUUCAAAUUAAUGCUGAUGUAUUAGUUAAAGUUACAAAUAAAUUACACAAGAUGUUAGAAUUAAGUUAUGAAGAAGAGAUUAAAGUAACAAAUAAAAUACCUACAAUAGUUAAAGAUAUUCGAAUAAUAGCCGCAAAAGAAUAUUUAUUAGAUAGCUCAAUUGGUAGCGAUAUAGAACAAGAUAUAAAAUAUAUAAACGUUUGAUUUUGUGCAUGCGUAUAAUAAAAAUUGAUGAUAAUAUAUUAGUAUAGUAUAGAUCAUGUUUAAAUAUUCAUUGAUACUACUACUAUUUAUAACAUUUGUAUAUAUUUAUAGUAAUAUACAGCUACAGAAAGAUGAGAAGAUUAUACCACCACAACAUGGACUCCAGUUAAAGCAUAUUUAUCAUCAUGGAACCACGUCAAAAAAUUAUAAAAUCCACAGGAGAUUAGAUAUAACACCACAAUAUAUUAAAGACAAUGAAGAGUUUCAUGCUAGUAGUCUAGAAGAUUGGCCAAAAGUACAUCAUGGUAAAAACCCCUUCACUAUAACUUUACCUAUAAAAUCAAAAAUUAACAAAUCAAUCAGACUUAAAGAUAGGCAUGAACCAAAUUUUGUUGAAUCAUAUCUUGAAUUUGCAAGAACGACAAAGAAUGAAAAUUUAUUGCCAGGUAUUCAUUUUGACUGGAUAGAUGAAGAUAUAUCAGUUCCAAAUAUUACAGAUAAAGAUACUUUAGUUUCAUUAGCCACCAUAUCAUCAAAUUCAUAUGUUAGAUUUCCACAAAAUGAUGAAGAAAAGAAGAAAUCAGAUUGGAUAGAUGUUGUUGGUUGGUUACCAGAUAAAAAUAAUUCAGAUAUUAAUUUUGGUUGGGAUGAUAUUGGUUUACGUGGUCAUGUUUUCGUUUCAACUGAUAAUAAAACUGUCGUAAUUGGUAUAAAGGGAACUUCAGGUGCUGGUUUACCUGGUGGUGGAUCAGAUGAAACUGGGCCACAAGACAAAACAAACGAUAAUUUAUUAUUUUCUUGUUGUUGUGCUAGAAUUAGUUAUAUGUGGACAACAGUAUGUGAUUGUUAUGAAAAAACAUAUACUUGUAAUCAAGAUUGUUUAGAAAAAGAAUUAAGAAAACCUGAUAAAUAUUAUCAAGCAACUUUAGAUAUUUAUAAAAAUGUAACUAGUUUAUAUCCACCUGAUAAAUAUGAAAUAUGGGUAACUGGACAUUCAUUAGGAGGUGCAUUGGCUUCUUUAUUAGGUAGAACUUAUGGAUUACCAGCAGUUGCAUUUGAAGCACCAGGCGAAAUGUUAGCUACAAAAAGAUUACAUUUACCUCAACCACCAGGUUUACCUAAACAUUUGGAAAAUAUUUGGCAUAUUGGAAAUACUGCUGAUCCAAUUUAUAUGGGAGUUUGUAAUGGUGCAAGUUCUAGUUGUAAUGCAGCUGGUUAUGCAAUGGAAACUGCUUGUCAUACUGGUUUACAAUGUGUUUAUGAUGUUGUUACUGACUUAGGUUGGAGAGUUAAUUUAUUAAAUCAUAGAAUUCAUACAGUUAUUGAUGAUGUUAUAUUAAUUUAUAAUGAAACUGCAAAAUGUGAAGAGCAACCUCCUUGUAGAGAUUGUUUUAAUUGGAGAUUUGUUUCUCAUUAUGAUAAUGAAGAUGAUGAACCAAGUUUACCAAAUCCAUUAAAUCCAAGAAGAAGUACAUUAAUUACAAAAACAAAAAGUAUAACAAGCAUUGAAUUAACAACAACUACUACAUAUAAAACUACUACUGAUUCACCACAGCCUACUGAAAUUGAUCCACCAAAGAAAUGUUUGAAAAGAAAUUGGUAUGGUUGGUGUGUUGAAUGGGGUUAUGAUGAUGAUGACGAUGAAGAUGGGAAAAAACUAUACAUAGCAUAA